AUGUUGUCGUUAAACCAAGACGACGUGAAGAGCCUUUUCAAUAAAGAAUUCGAUUUCGUCAGCGCCGUCCUAAAUCAAGUGAAACUGCCGGAGCGCGUAGAAGACUCAGAUUCAGAAGAAAGCGAUAGUAAUGAAAAAGUUAGAAAGCCAAUACUUGCAAGUGAUGAAAUAAACAGAGCCCAAAGUUUAGACGAACUACAUACAAGACUUGCUGCAAUAAGAGAAAAGAAAUAUACUUACCGAGGAAAAAUAAUUAAAAAUAAACUUCAAAAUAAGAUUAAAAGAAAAAAAAAGAUAAAUGAAAAAAUGAAGGGUGAAAAAAAACCAAAUGACAGUGUUGAAAAAACAAAUGAAAAGCCUCCUAAAGUAAAUGGUACUAAUAGCAAGACUAAAUUAGUAUUCAAUCGGAUAAAUUUCUUAGGAGAACAAACUGAAAUAGCUUCACCUCCAACUAGUACAAAAGCAAAGGUGGCUUUAGACGAAAUUAAAACAAAGGAACAAAUGUAUAAUGAACUAGAAAAAUCUGGUGAAACUGAGAAAGCCAAAGAGUUGAGAGAACGUGAUGCUUGGAAGAACGUCUUGGCCAAAGCUGAAGGGGUAAAAGUUAAAGACAAUGUGGAAUUAUUAAAAAAGACCAUUGCCAGAAAAGACAGACAGAAAAAGGUUAGUAAAACAAAAUGGGAAGAAAGAGCAAAUACUCUGGAGAAGACCAAGAAAGAAAAGCAAGAUAAGCGUACAAAUAAUUUAUUGAAAAAAAAACAAGAAAAAAAGGAAAAAACAAAAAAGAAAGCUAUCAAAAAAGGCCGGUUUGUGCCAGGUAUAAAUUAG